AAUAGAACGAUCAACUUUUUCCAAGUGAUCAUUUUAUUGUCCUGUGACAAAUAGUUUUUUGCUCCUGUUAACAGCCUACCUUUAGGGUCAAAGUCUAUUUGGUUAAAACUGUAGUCGAAAUAAGAUUAGACAUAGCUGCAAAAUCUUCAGAAAGAAAGUGUUAAAAAUUAUAAUGGCAAGUUGUGCAGGAAAACUGUUAGGAAAGGUGGCUAUUGUUACUGCAUCAACAGAGGGUAUUGGUUUUGCAAUAGCAAGACGUUUAGGACAAGAUGGAGCCAAGGUUAUGAUAAGUAGCAGAAAAGAAGAUAAUGUAAAACAGGCAGUUGAAAAACUGAAAAAUGAAAAGUUGGAAGUUGAAGGAAUGGUUUGUCAUGUUGGUAAAACAAAUGAUAGAUCUAAUCUUGUGAAAAAGACAAUUGAAAGAUUUGGUGCCAUUGAUAUUUUGGUUUCCAAUGCAGCAGUCAAUCCUUACUUCGGACCUAUGAUGAAUAUUAAAGAAGAACAAUGGGACAAGAUAUUUGAUAUCAAUGUAAAAGCAGCAUUUUUAUUAUGUCAAGAAGCGGUACCACAUAUUGCCAAAAGAGGGAGUGGAUCAAUUAUAUUAGUUAGCUCUGUAGCUGGUUAUUCUCCACUAUCUUUACUAGGUCCUUAUGGUGUGAGUAAGACAGCUCUGUUGGGUUUAGCUAAAGCAAUGGCACCUGAAUUAGCACAGUCCAAUAUUCGAGUUAAUGUAUUAGCUCCUGGGAUUAUUAAAACUAAUUUUAGUAAAGCAAUAUGGACAAAUGAUAAUGUUCAUAAUCAAGUAGUUAAACAAAUACCUAUGAACAGAAUGGGAGAACCUGAAGAUUGUGCUGGAACAGUUUCUUUCUUAGCCUCAGAUGAUUCCAAAUAUAUAACUGGUGAAUCAAUACUGGUUACUGGUGGAAUGACAGCUAGGCUUUAAUCAAAAUCUCCUAAAACUAAUUUACCAACUGCUAAUAAUUCAUAUAUAUAAUUUAAGGAUAAUUAUACAAAAUUGAGAAAUAUCAAGAAAAUUAUAUGUAAGUUAUUAAUGCCAAGUUGAAGAAAAAAUAUGGAUGUUUUUUUGUUCCAGAAGAAAAACAUUUGUUGAAAUAAUCAUAUUUGUUAAUAAAUAAUGCAAUUGUU